CGUGGCCGGGCGUGCGGGCGGCUCGCUGCUCCGCGUCCGGGGAGCAGAGCCGAGGCCGCCGCACGGGGUCCCUGUUCCGCGGCGCGCGCUGGGCCCCGGCGGCCUGCUCGCGGAGGUGCAGCUUCCCGGCAGCCGCGCCGCCGUGGGCCCUGGGUCCGAGCCUCCCCGCCCGCGCGCUGCUCCGCCGAGGCCCCGGGCUCUGCCCCGCCGCUUCCUUCCCUCCGCUCUGCAGGCUCGCCUCCGGCGUCAUGGCUCAAAGGGCCUUCCCGAAUCCGUACGCCGAUUUUAACAAAUCCCUGGCCGAAAGCUACUUUGAUUGUGCCGGGCGGCUGACUCCUGAGUUCUCACAACGCUUAAACAAUAAGAUUCGAGAGCUUCUUCAGCAAAUGGAGAGGGGCCUAAAGUCGGCAGACCCUCGGGAUAGCACUGUUUACACUGGCUGGGCAGGUAUCGCUCUGCUCUACUUACAUCUCUAUGACGUGUUUGGGGACCCUGCUUACCUACAGAUGGCGCAUGGCUAUGUAAAGCAAAGUCUGAACAGUUUGACUAAGCGUUCCAUCACCUUCCUCUGCGGGGAUGCAGGCCCCCUGGCCAUAGGUGCUGUCGUGUAUCACAAGAUGAACAAUGAGAAGCAAGCAGAAGACUGCAUCACUCGACUAAUUCACCUAAAUAAAAUUGACCACCAUGCUCCAAAUGAAAUGCUCUAUGGACGAAUGGGCUACGUCUAUGCUCUUCUCUUUGUGAAUAAGAACUUUGGAGUGGAAAAGAUUCCUCAAAGCCAUAUUCAGCAGAUUUGUGAAGCAGUUUUAACCUCUGGAGAAAACCUAGCCCAAAAGAGAAACUUCACAGCAAAGACUCCACUGAUGUAUGAAUGGUACCAAGAAUAUUACGUGGGGGCUGCUCACGGCCUGGCAGGAAUUUAUUAUUUGCUGAUGCAGCCCAGUCUUCAAGUGAGCCAUGUGAAGUUACAUAAUUUGGUCAAGCCCAGUGUAGAUUAUGUCUGCCAGCUGAAAUUUCCUUCCGGCAAUUAUCCUCCUUGUGUGGAUGACAAUCGAGAUCUUCUAGUCCAUUGGUGUCACGGUUCACCUGGAGUGAUCUACAUGCUCAUCCAGGCCUAUAAGGCAUUCAGAGGAGAACAUUAUCUCAAUGACGCCCAUCAGUGUGCUGAUGUGAUCUGGCGGUACGGAUUGCUGAGGAAGGGGUACGGGCUGUGCCAUGGCACUGCGGGGAAUGCCUACGCCUUCCUGACACUGUACAACCUCACACAGGACAUGAAGUACCUGUAUCGGGCCUGUAAGUUUGCUGAGUGGUGUUUAGAUUACGGAGAACACGGUUGCAGAACACCGGACACCCCUUUCUCCCUCUUCGAAGGAAUGGCUGGAACAAUCUAUUUCCUGGCUGACCUCCUAGUGCCCACAAAAGCCAGAUUCCCUGCGUUUGAACUAUAA